UGCGGGGGGUGGCCGGGUGUCGGGCCGGUGUUCUGGGUGGGCUGAGCGGCGCGGCCGGGGCUGGAGGAAGGUCCCAGCGUGGAGGUGCCGCGGGGCCGUGCUGGGGGACGCCUGGGCUCGCAGCCCCCUGUGCCGCCCGUCGCUCUGCUCUGUCCCGUGGGGCUGGCCCGUGGCAGCAUGGUGGAUGUGUUCAGCGGGCGGCUCCUGGUCAGCAAGGACGGCCGCAGCGUGGACGCCGAGGAGGCCCUGCAGAACAAGGUUGUGGGCUUGUACUUCUCCGCUGGCUGGUGCUCGCCGUGCCGCGACUUCACCCCGAUCCUCUGCGACUUCUACACGGAGCUGCUGGAGGAGACCCACCCCCCUGCCCCCUUCGAGGUCGUCUUCAUCUCCUCCGACCACAGCGCCGAGGACAUGGUGGGCUACAUGCACGCCAUGCACGGGGACUGGCUGGCCCUGCCCUUCCACGACCCCUACAAGCAUGAUCUGAAGAAAAAAUACAACAUAACAGCGAUUCCUAAACUGGUGAUUGUGAAACAAAGUGGAGAAGUCAUUACUGACAAGGGAAGAAAACAGAUCAGAGACAAAGGGUUAUCCUGUUUUCGGAACUGGCUUGAGAGUGCGGAUAUCUUUCAGAAUUUUUCUAGCUAAAAAGUUGGCAGAUGAAAGCAAGACAAGGCAUCAUGGAAAACUUUGCAGAGCUCUGAAAAGAAUGUUGCCUUGUUCAGAACAGGAAGGGUAAGGCUUAUUUAUCUGUUUGGAAACAAAUUUUGUUUUCAGCUUGAAGAUUAGCUAUUCCAUAAGUCAUAAAAUGCAAUUAUUGUUUUAUUUCUAUUGUUCUAUCUGCUAUAAUCAGUACGAGCCAAAGCAUUCCUGAUAAUACCGAAGAACUUCAGGAGGAUAGGCUAUUUUAGACAGUAAUAGUUAAGCACUGUGAAAUCUAUGCAAACGCUUCCUUAGCAAAAUCUGUAGAGUAAAAGUUAUACAUGUGCACAAACCUAUUUUUCUUGAUGACAG